CAGGAGUAGAGCUGAGGCGGUUCUUUUUUUUCUCUCUCUCUCUCUCUCUCCUCUCUCUCUCCCUCCUGGCUCGUUUGUUGUAACGGUGCGGGAUAAAAUCAGAUGAACGUGGGCAAGGACCACCAUCGCUGCUGCCGCCUCACAGCGAGCCCCCCUCACUUUCAGCCUGAUUGCCGGCGCUGCAUCCUGGUUGUGCAGCAGGAUAACGACGAGGUGGCGGAGAGCUGCAAGGCUCAGUGGCAGCAAGAAAAACGAGGAGGGAGGAGGGAGAAAAAGGAGGAGGGGCCGGCUUUGGUGAGCUAGUGGGCUUCCUCUGCCUCACAGACACAUUUUAUUGACUUGCUAAUUGGAUGAGGCUCUCGGAGGAGAGGAUGCAGUGACCAAGAGGAGCCGCUCUCCAGAGGAGGGAUACAGGCGAAAAAAGAAAGCCUUGCUCGGGCUCCCUGAAUCAGCCUACUUAAUCUCCUUUUUUCUUCUCCUGCAGACAUUACAACAGAUGUUGGCAAGCAUCUCAGUGACCCUUACGUCGGGCUUAUAAUUUUAUGGAUGACAUUGUCGAACGGAGGCUCCUGUUGCCAGACGCUUCGUGACAAGUGAACCAUUUUGCCUUUUUUUUUCCUGCUUUUUUUUCGCCAGUUUUUUUUUUUUAUUAUCUCAGGCUCAUCUACUGGAGCUAUUUUUAUCAGCCUUCUUUAAUAUGCCAUUUGAUAUGAACGGUAAUCUGAUGGCUGGAUGAAUUCUUCAUAAGAUCAAAGCUUCAUGGAGAUGUGAAUGGAUCUUCAGGAAGAGAAAAUGAAGUCCUGCCAUGACUGAGGUGUGCAGAUGCUGUGAGGUCAGAGAGCAGGUGCCACCGUGCUCAGGUCUGCCGUCUCAAUGAGCCAAGCCGGCAGCACGCAGAAACGCACCACCUACCUCAUCUCCCUCACUCUGGUGAAGGUUGAGGCCGUGCCAGAGGAUGCUGCAGGGAGCCAGACGGAGGGCCUUCCAGAGGGGGAAGGGAGCCCUAGGAAGAGGAAGAAGGAGGAGGAGGUAAAGGUGGAGGCAGAGGAGAACGAGAAGCAGGCUGUGAGAGAUGUCCCUGAGAAAGAAGGAUCUUUGUAUGUGGAAGUGGAGCAAAAAGAAAAGACACAGGUGGAGGAGGAAGUGGAACAGGUGCACGGAAAGAAUGAAAGCAGGGAGACGCCUGAGAGGAGGGAGAUGCAUGCGCCCCAGAAAGACAUUGUACCAUUUGGCAAGAGCAAAGAUGCAUCUUUUGCACAACCACCUGUAAGGCAAAUGGUCAAAGUGUAUGGAGGGACAAUGUCUGAGGGAAGCGUGCGCAGGGAGGGACCUCGCUCAGAUGCCUUACGCCCCAAGACAGAGCUCUACCGGGAGCCUCCCAUAAUGUUCCUGAAGGGUGAAAACGGAGCGGACUUGAACAGCCGCUCGCGCUGCAGCCUCCCCUUCACUGUCCCGUCGCAGAUCAGCCAGCCUCCUCCGGUUGUGAUGCGUUCUCAUGCAGCAGGGAACUCCUCUUAUUCCAGGGAGCUCAGAGAGACCAACACAAGCCUGUAUCACCCGGCUAAAACUCUGGAUCGCAGGGACAACCGCAUCGGGGACCAGUCUCCCUUAGUGGCAGCUACGACUCUGGGGCCUUACAGGGCGUCCUGGGCGGACAGCGACGGCAGAGGCACGCUCAUCCGGCCUGGAGCCCCCAUCAGCGGAAGCUUUUCGGGCGUGAUGGCCCGGGAGAGCCCUCAAGGGGAGAGGUACAAGGCGGUUUCCGUGUCUUUACCCGCGCCCCCUGCCCCUGACGUUUGCAGGCCUCCAAGGAAAGGAACAAGUUGUACCCUUGACAAUGUUGACCUGCACUCUUACUGUGAAGACCCGAGGAAGGCGAAGGAGAGCCAAGGAGGAACAAUCCAGCGGGCUCCACCUCCUCGCGAUCGCAAGAUGCUCAAGUUCAUCAGUGGGAUUUUUACCAAAAGUACAACGGGCUCACCAGGCGCCAACACCACACCUCCUCUCUAUCCAGCUGUGGAGAGGGGUUCGAGUGAGGAGGAAGUCGUUUGCACCAGCAGUCAAGAAUGGACCAUGAGUCAAGCUGUUCAAGAGCUUCAUCUGGGUGUGUUGGGGGGUCUGUGCAGCGGGAAGUCCGCCCUCGUCCACAGACACUUGACAGGAAGUUACCAGCCGGAGGAGAACGCAGAGGGGCGGCAGUUCAUAAAGGACGUGCUGGUGGACGGACAGAGUCACCUGCUGAUAAUCAGAGAAGAGACGGAGCCUCCUGGGCCUCAGUUUGCAAGCUGGGUGGAUGCCGUCAUUUUGGUCUUCAGCUUGGAAAAUGAGGCCAGCUUCCAGGAAGUUUACAAAUUCUACCACCAGCUUUCUCUGCAUCGGCCCGUCACUGAGAUACCUUUUGUAGUUGUUGGUACUCAAGAUAAGAUCAGCAGCACAAACCCCAGAGUGAUUGACGACGCCAAGGCGAGACAGCUGUGUUCAGAUGUGCGCCGCUGUACCUACUAUGAAACCUGCGCGACUUACGGCCUCAAUGUGAACAGAGUCUUUAACGAUGCUGCUCAGAAGAUCAUGGCAGCCAAGAAGCAAGCCGCUUUACUGGCUUCCUGUAAAUCUCUUCCCAACUCUCCCAGUCACUCUGGAGGCUCCACUCCAGUGUCUGGUGUCUUUCCAGGACAGGCCAGCAACGGCGGCCAGAGCAGCGAUUACUCCUCGUCUCUUCCCUCCACUCCUGUGAUCAGCCAUAAAGAGAUUGCCAGAACUCUGAGGGGGGAGAAAGGCGACAGCGGUAUGCCUGGGUCGGUCCGCAGCGUCCGCAAGCGCACACCCAGAUUUGUGGGACGGAGAGGCAGCGACUCAAACAGACGGAGUGCAGACUUUAAGGGCGAUUUUGGCAGCGGGCGAUUCAUCCCCAUCAAACAGGGCAUCUUGCUGAAGCGCAGUGGCAGCUCGCUCAACAAAGAGUGGAAAAAGAAAUAUGUCACACUGUCCAACGAUGGCAUCCUCUCCUACCACUCCAGCGUCAACGAGUACAUGCUGAACGCUCCGGGGAAAGAGAUGGACCUGCUUCGGGUGACUGUCAAGGUGCCGGGGAAGCGCCCCCCUCGUGCUGUGCCUGCAUGUGGACCCCCUGCUGGGCUCAAUGGGCGGGUUAAAGAUGUGCUGGGACCUGAGGUAAAUACAAGUGGCCUCAUGCAAGUGGAGGAGGUGGAAGGACUGGGAGGCGCUCUGUUCCUGAGAAGCAACAUUGGUGUCCAGCGCUGCCCGUCCACGCUGUCCAACCACGCCCAAGGCGUUGACUCUGCAGUCGAGGGAGUCUCCAGCUCCUCCUCUACCAAAGACGUCAACUCAGCCUCCCCACUGACCGACAGGAAGAAGCACCGCAGAAAGAAGAGCAUGAAUCAGAAAGGAGACGCAGCCGUGGGACAGGCCGACGCUAAACGGAAAAUGUGGAAGCUGAAAAGUUUUGGAAGCUCAAGAAACGUAAGCAAGACAGAGGAGGACAACUUUGACUUCCUGGUUGUGUCGAGCACUGGUCAAACGUGGCACUUUGAGGCCCAGAGUGUGGAGGAGAGGGACUCUUGGGUCCAAGCCAUCGAGAGCCAGAUCCUGGCCAGCCUGCAGCUGUGUGAGAGCAGCAAAAACAAGGAUCGCAAGAAUAGCCAAAGUGAAGCUGUGGCGCUGCAGGCGAUCCGCAAUGCAAAAGGGAACAACUUCUGCGUCGACUGUGAUGCUCCAAAUCCGACGUGGGCCAGCCUGAACCUGGGCGCUCUCAUUUGCAUCGAGUGCUCUGGGAUCCACAGGAACCUGGGGACCCACUUGUCCCGGGUCCGCUCGCUGGCCCUCGACGAUCUGCCCAGAGAGCUCACCCUUGUUCUCAGCGCCAUCGGCAACCACAUGGUCAACAGUAUAUGGGAGGCGCGCACAAUGGGGCACCGGAAACCAGCGCCUGACGCUACACGAGAAGAGCGGGAGUCGUGGAUCCGCGCCAAAUAUGAGCAGAAACUGUUUGUGGCGCCGUUGCCUCCUCCCACACCCAGCGAGGGCCCAGACAUCAGCAUGUCGGGCCGUCUUCUGUUGGCAGUGAUGGAGCGCAAUCUGCCCAAGCUGCUGCUUCUUUUGGCCCACUGCACCAAAGAGGACAUCAACGCCCCGCCCUUCCUGUCGCUCCCCUCCAGGUCGCUGCUCGCGCUCCGCCUGCCUGGCUCUGCCCUGCAUGCUGCUUGUCAGCAGGCUGAUGUGGUGAUGACGCAGCUUCUGGUCUGGUACGGCUGUGACGUGCGGCAUCGGGACGCUCAGGGUCAGACGGCGCUGGCUCUGGCUCAGGGCGCCGGGGGCCAGGAGUGCAUCGACGUCCUGCUGCAGCACGGCUGCCCCAGCAAGCCGGCCCCCGCCCUCAGCGCCACGGUCGGCUUCGCGUCGGCCGUGACGUCCAGCUUCCCCGCUGCCAUGACGCCGAGCCUGACGGUUGCCACGACGAUCAAAAUCACACAGAAGAGCGGCAGCGGCAACCCGGGCUACAGCACAUCCAGAAGAGCUGUGUCGUAACUGCAACGUGUUUCAAAGUGAGUGUGUGAAUGUGUUGCCGCUUUGCCGUCGUAGCGAGUCCUGUCCAUCCGCACGGACAUACUGACAGAUCCCGUCCACCUGGAGUCAGGUGAGACGCUCGGAGGGGUGCGUGUGGGUGUGGGGGUGCGUGUGGGUGUGUGUGCGUGUGUUUCAGGGAUGAAAACUGGAGAACACACUGUGCUGGACUGAUUUGUUUUUUCUCUUUUUUUCUGUUUUUGGCCACAUGUCUGUGCAUUCAGAUGUAAGUAGAAUGUACCGACCUGUUUACCAGAGUCACACCUGAUCAUGCAGUCAGUACUCGACUUUAUUCUCCACUCGGCUGUGAAUGGAAACCCGCCUGCAGGCCUCAAACAGCUUCUCUGAGCAGCUGAAGCCCAGAAGUAAAAGAACUGCAAUAAGUUUACUAAUCUAAGAGUGGGAUGUAUUGAGCUUGUAGCAUAAAAGAUUAUGGCUAUUAUUAAUUUUGACAGUGAAUGUGAGUUUUAGAUUCAUCAGAGCUUGUCAUUAAGUGCAUAAAUUAUGUUAUGUGUAAGUUGAUGUGAAAUAUGUUAGUGGCUGGAUAAAGGGGAAUAAAACAGCUGUAUAGAAAUGUGUUGAUAAAAUGGUGAAAUACUACGAAUUUAAAAGUGUUUAAUUUCCAGUUUAUUACUGUAUGAUUUGUACAGUUGUUUCUGUGUAUAAAAGGGUUACUCAUUGCUGUUCAGAGAUUAACUGUACAGAGGUUUAGUUCAGUUUUAGUUUCCUGCUUAACACAGAUUUUUUAUGUUUUGUCUGUUACUGGUGUGUCUGAUGUAAAACACUGUACAUACCGCAGUAGCUCAUUGUUCAAGUGAGUAUAGUAAGACACAUGUGUAGAGCUGUGAAAAAGUUUUCAUCCUCUUAUAGAUUUGUUUUGUUUUUCCUUUUUUUUUUUGUCGCACUUAAAUGUUUCACAUCAUCAAACAAAUUUUCUUUUCAGACAACCUAACUGGAUGUGAGUUUUUCACAUCGUUGUGGAGAAAGUUUGCCCUCUCUUGUGUACAGAAUCAUUUUAGUUCAGCCACGCUGGAGGUUUUCCAGCAUGUUUGAGGUCAGAAUGAAGCAAAUUAUUUGGAUUUAGGUUCAGACUUUGACUAGGGCACUCCAAAAGGAAACUUUUGAGUCACUCAGAGGAGAAGUUGCUAGUGUGCUUGGGAUUAUUGUUCAGCUGCAUAGCCAAAAUGUUUUUAACUCAGAGUGAAAGACUGAUGGCCCGACGUUCUCCCACAGAAUUUUCUGGUAGACAGAAACCUUUAUACCCUUAUAGCCCAAACCACCACACUACCACUACCACCAUGUUUGUCUGUAGGUAUAAUAUUCUUUUUCUGAAAUGUAACUGGACCAGCUGUAACUGGACCCACACCUUCAGACAGUUCCACUAUCGUCCCCCCAAAUGUUUUGCCAAGAGUCUUUGGGAACUUGUAGGAUGUUUUUGAUAAAUAUCAUUUACGUUGUUUUGGAGUAGCAGUGAGUUUCUCUUUGUCCAUUGUCCAGCCUCCUUUGAAUGAGUUUUUAUGUAUUUCUUGGUUCUUUUGUUAGCUCCUGGAUGAAUCCCUGAUGGCGUAUCGUUGGUAGGUUAUUCAUCGCCUAGGUGAUUCAUCGCCUUCCUGUUUUCUCCAUUUGCAGAUAAUGGCUCUCACUGUGGUCCACUGAAGUCCAAAGGCUUUGUAACACUUUUCAGAUUGAUAGAUGUCAGUGAUGUGUUCCUUUUUUAAAUCUUUUAACCUACUUCCUGUUGUCAGGCAGGUCAUUUUGAACUGAUUUGCGUUUUCCACGAGCUUCUGCAGUGAAGUGAGGCUGGUUACGUUUUCCAAAGAGUGCGGUUUGGAUACCUUUUUGUCCCCUCAAGUGAAAUAAUAAUUUGAAAACAGUUUUUCUAUUUACUCAUGUUAUCUUUGCCUUUGUCUGUGGAAAAUUUUAAGUGCGACUAAAAAGCAAAAACAGAAGAAAUCUGUAAAGACGCAAAUACUUUUUCCCAUCACUUUACAUAAAUAGGUUAAAAUGACUUAAUUUUUGACUGAAUGUAAAUAAACACUAAUGCUGACGUGUUUUUUUAGAGGAUAAAGUUUUCAACUAAUAUUGUUCCUGAUGUGACGACUAGAAAUUAAAGGUAUACUUUAAAUAUUCAGAGCUUACAAAUGUACAAAACAAGGCCUUCAAGUGAAGUUUCUAAGUGGCUGAAAACAGACGCACAGCAGAGGAAACAAAUCUAUAUUAUUAUAUAAUUAUCAACUCUGAUGCAGUACUGGGAGUACUUUUGAUGUGACCAAAAGCUGACCUUUUCUGUAAUGUACGCUGUUCUCUUUUCAUGGUUUGUUUUUUUACUCAUUUAAUAAAUCAGAAGCAUUCAUUAUCGAUAAGGUCGCUCUCUGAUGCUGUGCUGUUUUUGUAAGUUUCAUGUGUUCAGAUUUUAUUGACAUUUUCUGCCACUAAUAAACUGAACUCACACUUCAAA